GCUGUCCUCAACGUGGGUCUGAACACUCAGUUCGGGACAGGUGACUCACUGAUCCCGUGUUUCAGUGCAAAGUAGUCUACCGGCGUAACUUUUAAAAGAAUAACAUUUCACCAAGAUUGGGGGAAUGGCCAAAAACUACACCAUCAAGCAAAAUGAUAAAGUUGGCAGAUACCUCGCAGCAGCUAAAGAUCUCAAGGCUGGUGAGGAGGUGCUGGAGGAGGUACCUUGGGCUGUCGGACCCAAGUCCGGGUCAAACCCGAUGUGUCUCGGGUGCUACAGCCCGGUGGACGGGUCAACUUUGUGUUCCGAGUGCGGGUGGCCCAUCUGUGGUGAAGAAUGUCAGAAGAACACGGCCCACCAACAGGCAGAGUGUACAGUAUUCAAGGCAGCAGGAGUGCGCUACAAACCUGAGACAGAAGAACAGUUGUCGAGCCUCAACGGUUCACCUCAGUUUGAGUGCAUCACACCACUACGGGUGCUGCUACAAAGGGACCGAGACCCGGAGCGAUGGGAAGCCGAGGUGAAAGAUCUGGAGGCUCACACAGAGGGACGCAAGACAGACCCCGACUGGGAGAUAGAGCAGGUCAAUGUGGUUGAGUUCUUGCGCAACAAGUGUAAACUUGCGGACAGAUUUACCGAGGAUGAGAUCCAUUGGGCAAUAGGAGCUCUGGAGGUGAAUGCUUUUGAGAUCAGGACGCAGUAUGGCUUCUUCAUCCGAGGCUUGUAUCCUCGUACAGGACUCAUGUCACACAACUGUGUUGCCAACACGACUCACACAGUCUAUGCUGGGGAGAACUUCAGGAGUCGAGUGAGGGUAACCAUUGAUGUACCAGAAGGAGGUGAGUUGACAGUUUCCUACACUUCAAGCAUCCAGUCCACCAUUCUCCGCAGGGAGAAUCUCAAGUACAGCAAACGCUUUGACUGUGAUUGCAAACGCUGUGCUGACCCUACGGAGCUGGGGACUCAUCUUAGCACACUCAAGUGUACAAAGUGCGACAACGGCUUCAUCAUGUCUACCAACCCUCUUGACCAAGAAGCUAUCUGGAAGUGUUCACAUUGUGAGUUUUGCAUCAGAGCUGAAACCCUGAAGAAGAUAUUUAAGAUGAUACAAAGCGAACUAGAGCAGAUAGAGGCUAUUGAAGAAGGAGAUAUAAAAAUUCAGGAGACAGAGAGACUGUUGAAGAAGUACAAGUCAGUGCUGCACCCUCGUAAUGUUUACAUGAUGUCGCUGCGUCACACCUUAGUGCAACUGUACGGAAGAGCUCCUGGCUACACCUUUGCAGACCUUCCGGACAUCUUGCUGGAACGGAAGAUAGAACUGUGUCGCCAGGUGCUGGCAACAGCUGAUGUGGUUAAACCUGGACUGAACAGGUUCAGAGGCCUAAUUCUAUAUGAGCUUCAUGUUCCGUUGAUGCUAUACAACAGAAACAGAUAUGAGUACGGAGAAAUAAAGAAGGAGGAGUUCAAGAAGAUCAUGGACGAAGUGGUAAGGAUCCUGGAGGAAGCACUGAGGAUCCUGAGCUUGGAGGAUCCAUCGACUCCGGAGGGUAUGAUUGCAGUGGCCGGGGCAGAGUCUCUAGCUCAACUCAAGGAGUCCAUCAACAGAAUAUGAAGUUGGGGAAGAAGACGUUGAGACAAACAAUAUCUCACAGAGUCAAAUUUUUUACUCUUUAAACCUUCAGUUUUGUUACACAUUGUUAUACUUAGUUUUGUUAAAGACAUUUAAACUCUAUGGAAAACGAAAAAGUGCAAUUAAAUUUCUGUCUCAGCUCUAGGUUUUCAUUGCUGUAACAGAAUCCAAAUUUGGAAAAGACGACCUUGAGACAAAAGAUUUCAAACUCAGUCCAUAUUUAACUUGUUCAUCCUCUAGUUUAUCUGAACAAUCUGAAACAUUCUUUUAUUAUAGACAUUUAAAACCCUAUAAAAAGAAAAGAGUGCAAUAUAAUUUUAUCCCCAAUCAAGGAGUCCAUAAAAAAACCUGAGGCUGGGAAAGACAAUGUUAAGAAAAAAAUUGUCUUGCACCUUGAGACAAUAAACUUUUCACAUCUAAUUUUAAACUUGUUUUAACCAACAGUUGUGUUACACAUUGUUACACUUUCUUCAGUGAAAACCAUUUGAAAAUAUGUGGAAAAGGGGCAAAAAUUCAAUACAAUUUCUGUGGUAACUCAAAGAGGUGAUUAAUAGAAUCUGAGAUAGGGAGAGACAACCUCAAGAUGAGAUGAUCAUUUCUUACACAGAUAAUUAUAAACUUGUUCUACCUAUAGUUUUGUUACACAUAUGAAACCUCUUUAGUGCAAUAUCUUUAAACAGUAAAAAUUUCUAUUUUACAGCCUUAUGAUUAAAUUAGGUAGUUUUUUUUUCAAUUUUAUACAUCAAAGAAUGUUUUUACGACUAAUAUUAAAAGAGGAAUGUUAACAUGUAACCACAUAGUUUUGGAAAAAACAUUGUUUCCUUUCAUAUGGAAUUUUGUAUACAACAUAAUAAUUUCAUUUUUAUAUAAGCCUCUAUACCAAAAACAAUGGGUUUACUCGUAAGUUUUUUAAUCAGUCAGUCAUUUAAUUUUCAAUAUUUUCUCAGAGAGAGAUUUAAAAGACGAAUAAGAAUAGUAUUUUGUAUAGAUUUUUAUUUAGGAUUGUUCGUAGAUUAUUGAACUCCUCUAGUCAUUAUUUAUUUCCUGUUUACAGUAUUGUUUGUAUAUUUUUUUCAUAAUAUUGUAAAAGAAAAUAAAUGUUAUUUACCA